CAAUACACCCUCCUCUUAGCAUAGCAUAACCUCAUAACACCAAGCUAUAACAAUGGAGUUUCCUAACUUUGUUAUCAUUACCCUCCUCGCUUCACUCCUCUUGCUCUCCUUUGCGGCAGCAAAGAGAUUCACCACCACCAAAUCAUCCAUCCUCACAAACCUCCCAGUAGGGCCUGCAACACUACCACUAUUAGGCAACGUCCACAACCUCAUCUUCUCCUCUUCGAAACUCCACCGCGCCCUCCAUCGAUUAGCAUUGAAUCACGGUCCACUCUUCCCGCUCAAACUCGGCCAAAUCUCCAUCCUUGUGGUCUCCUCUCCCGAACUCGCUAAGGAAAUACUCAAAGACCACGACAUAACAUUCGCGCAGAGAGCUCCCCUGCUCUUCCCUGCCCUCAUCUUCUACGACUGCACCGACGUCUUGUUUGCCCCCUACGGGGACUACUGGCGCCAGGUCCGCAAGAUCUGCCAGAUGGAGCUCCUGAGCCCGACCCGGGUCAAGUCGUUCGCUUCCAUUCGGAGCCAGGAGGUCUCGAACCUGAUCGAGUCGGUUCGAUCCAGUUCAUCAUCACCCGUUAAUCUCACCAGGUUGAUCUUCCAGAUGAGCUGCGGGGUGACCUCGAGGUCGGCAUUUGGCAGGAAGUACAAGGACCAUGAGACUUUGAUGUCAUUGGCCAUGGACAUCAUGAAGUUGACUUCAAGACUUGGAUUGGCUGACUUGUUCCCUUCUCAUGGGGAAAUGCUCAAGGCCAUGACUAGGAUGUUUAGCCCUAAACUGAAUGGGGUGACUCGUGUGGCGGAUAGGAUUCUUGAGGAUGUUCUGAGUGAUCACAGGAAGAAGAGGAGCAGUGGAUUGGAUGAUGGAAAUCGUGUAAGGGAGGAUUUGGUGGAUGUGCUUCUGAAGCUGCAAAAGAGUGGUGACCUCCAAGUUCCCCUAUCUGACAACAACAUUAAAGCUAUCCUCUUGGACAUGUUGGUUGCUGGGAGUAUGACAUCUUCGGCAACAGUUGGGUGGAUAAUGUCCGAAAUAGUCAAGAAUCCUUCUGCUAUGAAAAGGGCACAAGACGAGGUGAGGCGAAUUUUCGAUUCCAAAGGGCAAGAUGUGGAUGAAGAAACCGCCAUUCAAGAUCUUCCUUUCCUAAAAUGUUGCAUCAAGGAGGCCAUCAGGCUCCAUCCACCGGUUGCUUUGAUCGUAAGAGAAAGUCGCACGAGCUGCAACAUUUCUGGAUACGACAUUCCACAUAACACCAUAGUUUCGAUCAACUCCUGGAUGAUAUGUCGAGAUCCAAGAUACUGGUCCGAUGCUGAAAGGUUCGUUCCGGAGAGAUUUUUACAUGGGAAUAAUACCGUGAAUUAUGUUGAGUCGGAUCAUUUUGAAUUCACCCCGUUUGGAGCCGGACGGAGGAGGUGCCCCGGAGUAUCAUUUGCGAUGGCCAACAUUGAGCUGCCGGUGGCCAAGUUACUGUACCAUUUUGAUUGGGAGCUUCCCGGAGGGAAGAGAAACCAAGAGCUUGACAUGGCUGAGAGCUUUGGUGUCACCGUUAGAAGGAAAAAUGAUCUGGUUUUGGUUCCUCUCCCCCACCAUCCCACUUUUGCCAAGUGAUGGGCAAAGAUCAGAAUCUUGUCUUGUACAAGAAAAAUACAAAAAAUAUUCUCUUAGCUUGCCAUGCAUGCAGUACUAUUGCUCAAUAAAGAUAAUUUUAUUGA